UCACCAUUAUACACCAUUAUACAUCACCAUUAUACUUCACCAUUACACAUCAUUAUACAUCACCCUUACACAUCACCCUGUAUUACAUCACCCUGUAUUACAUCACCCUGUAUGAUGACUCUUACCGUUCUCUCCCCACAGAGAUAACGCUGCUCUGGUCUCCUCAUCAUCAGUCACAAUGCCCUUCUCAGACUUCGUGGCGGCCCUGAAGGACAACCCUUACUUUGGGGCAGGGUUUGGUCUGGUUGGCGUGGGCACGGCGCUGGCAUUAGCCCGUAAGAGUGCCCAGCUUGGAAUGGUGGCCUUCCGGAGACAUUACAUGAUAACACUGGAGGUCCCCAGCAAGGACAAGAGUUACCAAUGGCUGCUGAGCUGGAUCUCCCAUCACGCCAAACGUACACAACAUCUGAGCGUAGAGACCUCGUACCUGCAGCACGAGAGCGGCCGCAUCAGCACCAAGUUUGACUUUGUGCCCAGCCCCGGGAAUCACUUCAUUUGGUACCGAAAUAAGUGGAUUCGUAUAGAGAGAAAUCGUGAGAAGCAAAUGAUCGACUUACACAGCGGGACCCCAUGGGAGUCAGUCACGUUCACCGCAGUCGGGACUAAUCGGGACCUUUUCUUCCACAUUCUCCAAGAAGCCAAAGAACUCGCUCUGCGCCAGCAGGAAGGGAAGACGGUGAUGUACACGGCGCUGGGGUCAGAAUGGCGACCAUUUGGUUUCCCUAGACGCAGACGACCCCUGACCUCUGUGGUGCUAGAAGAAGGCAUCUCCGAUAAAAUUGUUCAGGAUGUGAAGGGAUUCAUCGACAAUCCGAAGUGGUACAGUGAGCGAGGAAUCCCGUACAGACGAGGAUAUCUCCUAUACGGCCCGCCGGGAUGUGGGAAGAGCAGCUUCAUCACAGCCCUGGCCGGAGAGCUGGAGUACAGCAUCUGCCUGAUGAGCCUGAGUGACAACAGCCUGUCCGACGACCGCCUGAACCACCUCCUGAGCGUCGCUCCGCAGCAAAGCAUCAUUCUAUUAGAGGACGUGGAUGCUGCUUUUGUUAGUCGUGACCUGGCAAAGCAGA